GCCACCGCCCGAGCCCGCCGGCCCCGCGGCGGAGCCAGACGCUGUCGCCCGCCCUCGGAGCCACUGACCGGCCGUUACGUCCCGCGGUCAUCCCGCGGCGGCUCCGGCGCCCCGGCGUCUGUUGCCGGGAGGAGGCACCUGGCGGGGGACCGCUUCCGGCCGGCCGCCGAGGGCAGGCCCGGCCUCUCCCGGUCCUUCCUGCCAGCGGGCCUCGGCCGUGAGGGGCCCGGGCGUGCCGGUGGGGCUGGCGUCCGCGGAGCUGCGUAGGGCGAGAGGAUGUCCCGGGUGCCGGUGGGGAAGGUGCUGCUGCGGAACGUCAUCCGGCACACGGGCGCGCACAACAAGAUACAGGAAGAGACAGAAAUGUGGAAAAUAAGGGAGUGGGAGAAGCAGACAGAAGAGACUUACUGGAAAAGGCAAAGCAGAAUGCUGUCAGACACGUCCAGCAGUCGGAUGCGCAGUGAUGGCUUUGAUGAGGAGGGCCACAGGGCUGACUGGAAAACAAAGAACUCACAAUUUCUUGACCUAGUCGAAGAUGAUCUCCUUAGAGCCCGGUCCUGGAAUAAAAAGCUGUAUGAAUGUGAAGCCAACAUGCCAGACAGAUGGGGUCACAGUGGCUAUAAAGAGUUGUACCCUGAAGAAUUUGAUACAGAUAGUGACCAGCAAGAAGGAGAUGAACAAAAUGCUAUCAACGGGAAGAAGAAAUCUCAUCUGGGAAAGCAAACUGCCCAUGAGUCGCACAAACGGAAAAAAACAAAGAAAUCACACAAGAAGAAGCAAAAAAAGCGAUCACACAAAAAGCGAAAGAAAAAGAAAAAGGAGCAGGGGAGAACAUCAUCAGAUUCUUCCCAGGAGAGUGAGUGCUCAGAAGAGGAGACUUCAAGCACCCGGAAAGGGAAACACAAGCGUAAGAAAAAGACCAGGAAAGUGCCUGCCAGGGAACCUACCUCUUCUUCUGGGCAGGAGAGUGACUUUUCUCGUGCAAGCAGUUCAACCACCAGCAGCUCUGAGGACAGUGAAUCUGAGGAGAAAAAAGAGAAACGGCCCCCAAAAAAGAGAAAGAAAUGCCACAAUUCUGUGUCAGAGAGGCACGGUGAAGUACCAGAGAAGAAGAGCAAGAGAAAGAACUGGAAAGUGGCUGCUGAUGAAAAAUCUGAGGAUAGCUCAGAUGAGGACUGAUGAGUCCAGGCUGCAGCUCAAACAAUAAGAAGCAGACCUGUGUGGUGGCAUGCGCAUGGUCAGCUGGACACAGAAAGGAGCAUGAGUGAAUACUCUCAUUCCAGCUGAAGGUGCAGUGACUCCUUCCAUAAUGAUGAAGAAAAGACACCAGUGCAUUUGUUUAUUUUAGACUUCUCUCCAAAUCCUGGCAUGGGCUGGCCAUUGUGACUACCUUUCCUUCAUUCUGUCUAGGAGGAUGCUGAAACCAUUUGUGCCGACAGAGAAGCCUUGGUGGGUGUUGUGUUCUGUCUCUGGUCUGCCCAAUGUAUUACUGGAGAAAUUGGUACUGGGCUGUUCUCCCUGCAGCUGAACAGCCAAGUCUUUCAACAAAAUAAAUAAAUCCAGACAGAGUCGA